UUGUGCGUGCAUACCAAACCCUUUUUUCGACGAUAUCAGCUUGCCAUCUGAUUUUAAAUCUGAACAAAUUGCUUUGUCGCGACGUUUAACCAGUAAAACACUGAAGCAAGAGCUAAUGUACUUCGGGUUACCGCAGUAACUGACUCCAUAUUCUUUAUUUAUGGGAUUGUGACACGACAUAAUCUGUUGUGUAAUCAGAUGGGUGCUUGGUAAUGUUUUGAACUCCAUUUUCAAAAAGCUUUCAAGCCGGUGCCACUACAUAUUGUGUUGAUCUUAUUUAAAAGGGAAACCUCCAAAGUUGACUGGUCCUCUUUGUCGAUCAGCAGCAUUUGUCUAACUAUCAACGCAACCGUCCUAUCCCUUCUGUUCAGUGUGAGCAGUACACUCAUAGCAUCAUGGCGAGUGCUGCGGAAUCUGCCGGGGCCAUCCCAGAGAACGACACACCUGUCCAAUCUUUAGAGCAACUUAGCUUUGAGUGGGGCCUGGCUCCUGCAACGGAUAUGGAUCUGAAAGAACGAAACAUCUCCCAUUUAAGCGAACUCAUGAGUCUUCAUCAAGAAACUGACUAUCCGAAUAACCUCCAAUUUAUCAAAGUGCUUGACGAUCGCAACAAAAUUCAAGCCUACAUCGACAGGAAUUCUUCAUGUUUCCCCUCCAAUAAUUCUCGGGUAGUCUAUUCGCCCAACAGCGGCGCCGAAAGCUACGAAGCAGAACAAGGAUAUCUGGCGGCUCGAGGCAGCCACUCGCAGUCUAGCCCUUCGAUAGAAACAACCCCUAGACCGAUUCUUGACACUUCCGGAGAUGGCAAGGAGGACCAUAUUCGUCGUGUGCUGGAUCAAUGUUGUCCGGGAUGGAACGAUAUGGAAUGGAAGCAACCUUGCACCGCGCCGCUGAACAGUGUGAUUCUAACAGAGACUGGUGAUACUCGUAAUUCGCAGAUGUUGGUGUGUAUGGAUCUCCGACGUUAUUUCUCAGAGAAAGAACAGAAAGCCAUGUUAUUUUAUUGGCACUCUGAGAGCUACUCUGUUUGGCUAGCUGUGCACUGGGACGCCGGAAUUAUGGAAUUACCAGACUUCCAUAGAAAUCCUCACUUUGAAAACAAGCAAGAUGUUGAUCAUUAUAAAAACAUGUCACCGAGAGGCAAAGCCUUGUUAAAAAGAAGAUGGACAGCCACUUGCUUCAAAAUGCAGUACAACGAAAAAACAACCAUUCACAAACUCACGGGAUUCAAAGAAUUUGAAAAAGAAAAACUGGAACUUCGGAGCCGUAUUCGGUUUGAUAAAGCGGAAUUCGAAGAGACGAUAAUUGAAAUAUACAAAGCCCUCAUUCCCACCGGAUACGCUUUUUGGCCUUUCUGGAAUAAUUCGACCCUGCUCCGUCUGAACAAGCAGACAACGUCCGGAAAAGCGCAUCAGACGAAUGAGCGUUCCAUGAAAAAAGAAAAAGAUGCAAUUGAAAAAAUGAAAGGUCUUUUUCCUGGCUGGAGCGAUGAGAAUGCCGUUACGUGCUACGCGUACCCACCAGUGUUCGUACCAGGAUAUGAAGGACCGACUAAGGAACGUCUUCAACAGUACAUUGACUGGUACGAAAAACGCGUUAAUUUACUUCAAGAAAAUGGUCGGGAAACGGGAAAACUGGAAGAUCACAUUAAAAAUCUUAAAGUGAACAAAAUUGGCUUAGCAAAUGGGGCACUAGCCGAAUAUUUGGCGUUUGAUGCACUGAGGGACGCGUUUAUCCUUCGGAAAGAAAAAGUGUUCAUUGUCUCGAACUGGAAAUUUCCAGAUCCAAAGAAUUCUCCAGACGACGCUCAAUUUUUAAAAGACUAUAAUAACAAGUUUCAUUCAUCUCCAGCUAAACCGGUGGAAGUGGGUGACUCAUCAUCAGAUGGACCUUUGUCGGGUACUGUGCACUCAGGCGUGUCUUCUGGGGCAGAGGUAGGCUCUUCAGAAAGCGGAAAUGUUUCAUUCAGCAAACCAAAAACGCCAAAGAAGACUAAGACGGAAAAGGAACCGAAAUUAAUUGACAUCCCGGAUCUAGACAUCCUCGUUAUUCAUAAACACCGCGGGGUGAUGCUUUUCGAAGUAAAAGGCAUCGAAGAUCUAAAGAGCGAGAAGACGGCAAGCAAAGGGGCUACCGCGCAGCUCAAGAAACUACUCUGGUGCUGUGCAACGUACUUUGGUAUCAGCCAGCAGCAUAUCACCUCUUUCAUAUUUUUUCCUAUGCUGCCGGACGCUCCAGUCAAAAUGUGUUCGGGCCAUCGCGUACUGGAUAAGACAUGGCUGGACAAACUUAAAAACCAGAACUUUUCCAUCGACGAUUUAUGGCCGCUAUCCGGAGAACAAACAGCCAUGUUCAAGAGCUACAAAAUCAUGGUGGAAAAAAUAGUUCAGUCUCAAAUUUUGGAAUAUUCUAUUCUAGAAGGAUACGAUGUGGUGGAGAAAGCUGAGCAACUUGGAGGAGUCAUGCCGAAGCCUGACAAACCUAUAGGAGGCAUUGCGUCUCUACCGGCUGUUUUCAACAGCAAACGAAAGAACCAGCCAAACAACAAAACACCUCGUGGGCUCAGGCCAGUGUCGUUUUUGAAUGUCGAACAACUGGAGGUAUGGUACGGAGGCGAACAACAAUUCAUAUGCGGUCCUGCAGGAACAGGAAAAACUAUUUUGCUACAAUACAAGUGCUUGGAAUUACUGCAGAAAAACGAUAAGCAUAAAGCAGUUAUCAUUGCUCCUCCAAGUUUAGCUGAUCAGUACAAAAAAUUCCUGCAAGACCAUGAUAUUGCUACCGAACGCUAUCUCAUUGUGUCCAUAUCAAAAGACGAUCCUUUCUUCUGCGAAGCACGACGAACCAUAAGUACCAGAAAAUUUUUGCCUUGCCACGUGUUUAUCGAUGAAGCUCACUUAUGUUUCUUUGGAAUGGCGAAAGAAAUACAUUUGAUGUGGACAUACAGUAUACUUUUAGCAAGCACUCAACACAUCGUUGCAGAACAUUUACCCUCAUCAUCCGCGAAUGUCGAUAAGAAAACCAGCGUUUCAUCUUCUGGUACAGCAGCUGAGGGACUGUACUUUUGGGCAGCUGCCUUACCCGGCAGCUUCACCGAUGACCUUAGUGAUACGCUGCCGCGUGCAACCAAUUUGACAGUGUCUCUCCGGUGCGCUCGAAACCUGCAGUCACGCUUCGGCCGAGACAGCAGCAAUCAGAUCUUCGACUUCAACGUGUACGGUGAACUGCUCGAUGGUCAGUACAUAGUCCAGCCACCAGCCUGCAAUAUCACACCGCUACUCAGUGAACUAGUGUUUCGAUCGGUGCAACGUUUUAAGCUCCUUGGAAUUGAAGAAAGCAGCAUUGCAAUAAUUACGUCCGCAGCUUUAACUGAUACCAGCAAUCUGAAACCGCCACAUCUGACGACGCUGAAAUAUUUUACUGGUGAAUACGAUUCUGCUACACCUUUAUCACAUCCGAAAAGAUUAACAAACACUCAUGACACGCACUCAUUGGAAUUUCAAGCAGCUGUGGUGAUUUGUGACCCAGGCAGUAACAACAUGGCUCAUUCCAAAUUUGACGCCACCUUGCUUGCAAGAAGUCGCGGAAUUAUUGGCUUGUCCAACAUCAUGUGUGUGCCUGUUCAUCCAGAUGGAAUGGUGUUUGCAAAACGAGAUGAGUCAGUUAAUGUCUUGAUCUAUAAAGCCGCUAGCGAAGUGGUCCGUGAUCUACCUUACAAUCCGGACGACAAGAAAAGAACUUUUUAUCCCAUUCUCCUGAUUUCAGAAACCUUUAGGGACACUCGGGUUGUUUCCUUAGAUAAACUAAAAGAACUGGACAAUUAUGGGGAAAAGUUUCAUAAGAUUCGUUACGCAAAAUACACCCAGCAGGAAAUGGCCGGUGAAAUGCAACCAGGCGGCGUCCCUUUCAUUUUUGUAUUUCGACACGAUACCCAGAACGACAUCCCGCUUUCUCCGUACGAUUUGCAGACACUGGACACGCCCGGCAUUGAAGUACGUUGCAUUUGCGUAGUGUUUAAUGAUACCGGGAAGAGUGAAGCGAUUAAGCCUUACGACGGUAACGUUCUGGAGGAAGCAAGAUUGCACGCUUUAGCUGACUCUACGUAUUCUAUCGCCACAGGACAAACUGCGGGCAUCGAAUCAGCGGUGGUGAAUAGGGAUUGCCCUAAAGAAAAACAGGUCCACCAAGAAGACGGGCACAGAGAAAAGCAUGAAGCCUGGAAGAUGUUUUUGAAUGAAAAGCUGACCGAGAUGCGUUUAAAGACUGUUGAUGUGGUGGGUGAUGGGAACUGCUUCUAUCGCGCUAUGUCCUUUGCGUUACAUGGAACAGAAGAGCGACACACCGAAAUUCGAACCAAAAUUUUGGAAUUUAUGUCUCUCGCUGAAAACUUCUCCUUCCUAGAGGCCCGGUUUCCGUUGUUAACCAAAGAUAAGUUGUUCGCCCUGUUAGAAGAGAUGCGUCAAGCGAACACGUGGGCUGGUGGGGAGCAACUGGCAGCCGCAUCUGAAGCUUUUAAUUGCACCAUCACUUUCAUAUUUCCGAGCACUGUAUGGACAUUCGACAAGGAUCACGCUGAGAAAUCUGUGUUUAUCAUUUAUAACGGAGUUGAUCAUUACAUGACAGCCAUUCCUCAAUGAAAAGUUUUCAAAAUCCAGUAACAUAUUCGAGAAAGGAUUAUAUAAAACACAUUCGCCCCCAGCAACGCCCCGAACAAAGCCAUUUCGUUGAACACCCUUACACGUCAUCUGAAUAAACUCAAGUGGAAGGGUUUGGAGUGGACAAAGCAAUUGAUUCCUCAUAUUCACCAACAACCACUAUUUAAUGCGAGCAUGUAUACGUACUAUUCCGUUUAAUGUUUUCGCUGUGUCAUUUGACCAACUGCCUUGAUAACCGCAGUCUACACUUCGGAAUUUCAAAAACGUUUUCGUGAAUGUUCUAGCGAAGUUUUUAAGGUUUUCUUCGACAUAAAGUUUUUACACCCGGACAACUGCGGCAUUUUGCA